GGCUACCGACAAAUGGAGGUUAUAUUACGUCUCAACGGCUGGUCAGACGGUUAUUUUCGAGUGGUUAGUCGGUAUCGCGUUCGACGAAGUGUAGUCAGCCAGUCACACAUUCGUUUCACUUCCACCUGCUGUUUUAUGUUUGACCGCGAAGCGAGUUGAUAACGAAGCGUCGCAACGUGCUAUCAUGAGGGUUGUGGUUAGUGUCGGUUAGAGCACUCGGUUAAAAUUUUGUUUGGAACGUAUCUCGCAGGUGGACGUAUUCCCAUCUUAUUUAUUACUGUUACUAUUUAUUAAGAGGAAUCGUGAAACAGAAAUGAAGGCAGCGUCAGAUCCAAUAUAUGUGCAGGAGUUUCUAUUCAAAGAGUCAAGUACAUCUCAAAUAUUUGAUGGAUUCUCACAAAUACCUGCUGCUUCUAGCCUUCUUGUAGCGGACAAGAAACGAGGAUUGCUUUAUAUAGGACACAACGACAAGAUUACUGUGUUGAAGCCCGCAGAGGAGAACAAUGCAGGAUGGAAGACAGAACUCCAAUUGCCAGGCAUUAUAUCGAAAAUUGCAAUUAAUUGUGAUUAUAGAUAUGUUGCUAUAGCCAUAGCAAUGAAGCCUACAAUAUUGAUAUAUGCUGCCUACUCACUAGCUAGAAACAGUCUCUGUCUGUUAUUUGAAAUAGGACCAAACAAUAUGGACAGUUACGUAACAGAUAUACGAUGGAAUCCUACUGUAUCCAUGGUGCUCUGUAUUGUCAGUAGUGACUACACCAUUAGUAGCUACCAGUUGAAGGAAGAGCACAAAGACAAGCCGAUGUCGAAAUUAAUCGUGCAAUCAAAGGCAUCAAAUGAGCUGCAAGUUCUGUGCGCAGCCUGGAGUCCUAAGGGCAAGCAAAUAGCUGUAGGCUGCAAGAACGGAGACAUCAUACAACUGAAGCCCGACCUGAAAAUUGCUAGGACAAUUGCGGGCCCCUCACCGCCCGUCGGUGAGGUGAUCAGUAUCCUGUGGAUCAGUAAUUAUCAAUUUUGUGCGGCAUAUCUGAGCAACGAGCGGCUCGUCAACGUUCUCAUCGUCGACGCGCCAAAGGGGGAGGCGAACGCUACGUUCACGUGCUACGAGGAUAUCACUUACGGGAUUCCCGAUGCCGACGGGGAGCAGAGCGUUUAUCGUUAUUAUUUUGAGCACGUGCCAGAAUGGGGACUUAUCGUAGCAGGUAGCAGCAACAGCAGCGAGAUAGCCGUGUUAGGCACGACGGACGGAGGCGCUAACUGGAAUCAGUGGCAAUUAGUGGACAACGGCAGAGCUCAGUUGCCUCUGAUGAGGACCACGGAGAUCUUCCCCGUUGGUCUGGCUGUGGACAAGUCUCCGACCAGCAAGUUAGCGUGGGGCACGGAGGCGACGUUGCCGCACCCGGUCCCGAUCUUGCAUAUCCUUGGAACUUCCGGAAAGUUGUGCAGCUUCCACAUGGUUAAUUUAGCGCCCAAUUGUCCUGUCGUCAAUUCACCCCCCACAGAGAUCGUCGUCGUUCCGCAGGCUCCGCCACAGCCUCCCACCGGUGCUUUUCCCGCGGAGAUGUCGUUCAAUAUGAACACCGUGGUGACCAGCACGCCGCGUCCAAAGCAACCGGAGGUGCCGGAACGCGCCAAGGCCGCCCCGAUAACGAAUAUAUUCGGCGACUCGCUGAAAGCGGCGGGAUUCUUUCAACAACAGCAACAACAACCGCCCGUACAACCGACGGAACAGCCGAGACCGCCGCCGGAGGGAAAAGCGGUCGCGCCUGUGACCGGGAUUGCUAAUAAACCGCUCGCAGCGAAGGAAACGCCGGCGGCCGAGCCUACGAAGACGGAGGCGAAGUUAGCGGCACAGGACAAGGAGGCGAGCUCGCCGCAAAUAGUGGAACAGAGAGCCUCCAUAGACGACAAUGUACGGAUGCGAGCUUACCUGCAGGAGGUAGCGUUGUUCGAGAAAGAGUGGCGGGGCAAGCUGGAGUCGCAGGUGUGGGAAUGCGGUACGGACGAAGAGAGGAUACAGCUCGGGAAAAUGUUCAAUGCCAUGGAACCGUUCGCGGAGGAACUGAAGGAGAAGACGAACAGUUUGUCCAAUGAAAUAACGGUCUUGAAGACUCUCCUUCUGCAGUCGUUCGCGUGGAUCGAGGAGACCAAGUCGAAGAACACGAGCAGCACCAGCGUGAGCAGCAGGAACUGCGGCGAGAACAAGAUAGCGAGCCUUCAACGAGCGUUCUACUACACACAGACGCAGCUGAAUCAAGUAAGCAAGAUCUUGGAUCUGGAGUGGUUGGAGCGCAAUGCGCAGGAAAUGACGAAGAUGAAGAUACCCAGCAUGGAGUUCGUCUAUCAGAAUCUCCUGCUGCACGGCAAGAUCAUCGCGAAGGAGAAGGAGAGGCUCGAGCAGAUCUCGCGGAGGUGGAGGUCCCUCGGUUACUCGGCGGCGUGCACGACCAAGGAUGUGUCCAGGCUCAACCGUUCGAUGUCGAGCCUGCACAUUAGUUUACCGAGGGCGCCCAUGUCGAUGAUUCAAGGGAGGACCGACGCGAUAGACGCCCAUUGCCAAAGUAUCGCCUCGAAGACUCUGAGCUUCACGUACGAGAAGCAGAUGAAGCUGCGGGCGUUGCUCACCAAUUCCAGCCCGAGGAUCAUCAAGUCGGUGAACCCGUCACCGGUCCAAGAUCGCUUGAAGGCCACAUUGUCUUCCCUGGCGUCCGUCAGUCCUGCGACGCCUCCGGAAACCAAGACCAAGAUCGAGCCACCGAUUGUGAGCAAACCGAGUGUCGUGAACAGGCAGAUGGCCGAGAAAGCUAAGACGCAAAGCAAUCCGUUGGCCUCGUUGAACAGUAUCGUCGCCAGGAUCGGCACGUCCGACGCGAACGGCGUUAUGCAGAACAAAGCGCAGCAGAAGCCCGCUUCCGCCGCCGUGUCCUUCCCCGCUGCGAUGGCCGUCAAGCCGACGGAGAAGAAGCCAAUCAUACCAACAGCUCCCACGAUGAGCCAGCCUAAGCCAAAACAAGACCUCAACGUGAACUUCCCGUCUAUCACCUUCGGCACACCUGCGACCAAAUCUCAAGAUAUCUUCUUCUCGAAGUCGCCCGGCAUGGACGUAACUGCCAGAAACAGCAAAGAAUCGACGGUUCCGUCGAGCAGCGACAUCGUCGUCCCUAAGGCGCCGGAAUCCGCUCUGUUCUCGACCGGCCUGCUGAAGGACGUGCUGUCGACGGAAUAUACGUUACCGAAGACCGACGGGAUCGCUCGUAGCCUACCGUCGUUGUCCGCGACGCCGGCUGUGAAAACGGACGCAGCCGCUACGUUCAGCUUCGCCACGCCCAACGCGGUUCCGUCCGCCGCCAAAUCGUCCCCCGCGACCCCGCUCGACGCGAUGAUGUCCUUCACUUAUUCAAAGCCCCCGCAUACUCCCACCGUGGAAUCGUCCGUAAUAGCGGCGCAGUCAACGAUGCAGCAGACGAUGCAGCCGAUGGUGCAGUCGAUGGUGCAGCCGACGAUGCAGCCGACGAUGCAGCCGGCGUCGAUAGAAUUAGCGACCUUGUCCUUGGGUGCAUCGAGCUCGCUGAAUCUUCAGCAGACGAGUCUCCCGAGCGUUGGCGCCGAUGGGAAGGUGAAUACGAUCGCGGCCACCAUGAGCUUCGCCGCGCCGGCCGUUGCUGCGACUCAGCCUUUCGUAACGACCGCCGUUGCUCCGUCCAACGUGACCAUCGGUAAACUCACCAUCAGCCUAGCGAACGCGAGUGUCGCCUCGAAACCGACGGAGACGCCGGUGCCCGAUUCGGUCACUAUUCAAGCGGUCACGACGCCCGAAGUGAGAUCGCCAACUUUCGGCGUGGCAGCUCCGACCUCCUUACCCACUGCGUCGAUAUUCGGCGGCCAGACUCUGGUGAAGAAUAUGGCCACGGUCGCGGAAACGCCGACGACACCGCCGCCCGCCACCACCACCACCUUCGGCGCGGCCGCUUUCCCGUCGAUCGCGCCGACCUUCGGCGUGUCAACUUCAGCGCCCACCGCUGAAUCGGUAUUCAGCGGAUUCCCGAACAUGCCCACCGGAGGUGCCACCACCAGCUCUUCGGUGACGACCGUGAGCAGCAGUGUGUCUCCUUUCCAGAGCUCUUUGGGCAAACCGAUCUUCGGUGAGCCCGCUACCAGUAUACCGGCUACGAAUUUUGGCAUCACCGCCGGCAAUACCUCAGCGGCGAAGUCUCCGAUCUCAUUCGGUAUCCCGACGACGACGACGACGACGACGACGACGACGGUGGCGACGGCGGCUUCGAUCACGCCAGCAUUCGGCAAGAGCCCGAUAGCGUCCCCGGCGCCGUCGAACGCUCAGUUCGGAACUCCGAGCGUUCAAACGACCCCCGCGUCGACGGCGAACGCCUUCGGGAAGAGCAUAAUCAGCCCCGCGUCCACACCGUUCAGCAACCCCUCGGGCUCUGUGUUCUCCAACAUGCCCGCCACAUCUUCCAAUACUCCCAUAUUCGGCGGCGGCAGCGGUAUGAAUUCCAUCUUCGGCUCGGCCCCGCUGCCUUCCACCGGCGGGAACAUAUUCGGGGGUAACACGACGGUGUUCGGCACGGCCGCCCCGUCGGUGUCUCUCUUCGAUAGCAAUGCUUCGAAAGCCGGUACCGGUAUAUUUGGUGGUGCGACGAACGCGGCGGCAGCCGCUUCUCCGUUUGGCAAUGCGACCAGCAACGCGUCGCCGACGGCCGCUUCCUCUGCGAGCACGAACGUCUUUAAGAGUCCUGCGACCAAUACGUCCCCGAUGGGAGUGGGGACGCAGCAACCUGCGCUCGGUAGUCAACCUGUUUUUGGACAAGCUCCCGCUUUUGGCGCCAAACCGAUGUUUGGGUCACCUUCGAUGUUCGGCGCGUCGAAACCAGUCUUUGGAAGUGCCUUCGGCUCGCCUCCUACGUUCGAGUCUCCUGGCAUGGGAUUUGGAGGCGCAUCUCCCAUGCAAGGUGGCCCUACGAUGGAGAAUGUCAUGCCGAAAGUGUUUGGAGAAGUAGCAGGCAGCAGUACAUUCGAAACUUUAGCCAGUCAAUCGGGUGGUCUUAGCUUCGGCAGUUUAGCCCAGAAGAGUCCAGAAGCAGAGAAGCCAGCGUUCACUGCCAGCAGUUCGUUCUCCAGUUGGAGGUGAAUAAGGCAUGGUUGCGGCAGGUUUAUCUUGAAAACUGUCAUACAUCGUUCGUUGAAUAGGAGCCAAGAAUAAUAAUUCGAUUACAAUCACGCGUGCAUAUUGUUUUAUAUUGAGAAGUAUGACCUUUUUAUGACAAAAAUUGAGCUCUGUUACGUCUCUUGUACUGUUGUACACUUGAUUAAGAUAGAUCUAGGUUUUAUAAUAAAAUAUUUUCAU